AUCCAAAACAGAUCAAGCUAAAAUCAACUACCAAAACCAACUAUAAAUAUCCUCCAAACCCAUACCCUCCACUGCAUAUACAAAGCCACCAUUUCUGCAAAUACCAUAUUCAUAUAAAAUGGAACAAGCAAAGAGGAUUGCUAUUGUUACCGGAGGAAACAAAGGAAUUGGGCUAGAGAUUUGCAAACAAUUAGCUUCUAAUGGGAUAAUGGUGAUUCUAACGGCAAGAGAUGAGAAACGCGGUCUCAAAGCUGUGAAAAAUCUCAAAGCUUGUGGGCUAUCUGAUAUACUUUUUCACCAGCUUGAUGUGACAGACCAGGCCAGUAUUGCUUCCAUGGCUGAUUUCAUCAAAAAUAAAUUCGGGAAGCUUGACAUAUUGGUGAAUAAUGCAGGAAUUAGUGGAGGCAUAAUUGAUGAGGACGCUCAAGAGAGGCUAACCCUGGCUGAUAUUGUAAGUUCAAAUGUUAAAGGAGAGAAAUUUAUGGAGCAAAGUUAUGAGAUGGGAGAAGCUUGUCUAGGAACAAACUAUUAUGGAGUGAAGCUAGUGACUGAAGAGUUUAUUCCACUUCUUCAACUAUCUGACUCUGCCAAAAUAGUUAAUGUCUCCUCUACCUUGGGGCAAUUGGAGCUUGUUUUAAAUGAAAAGGCCAAGAAGGAGUUAAGCGAUACUGAUAGCCUUACAGAAGAGAAAGUGGAGGAGGUACUUAAGAGAUAUCUUGAGGAUUUGAAGGAGGAUUUGUUGGCAACCAAACGAUGGCCUAUUAAUUGUUCGGCAUACAUAAUGUCCAAGGCAGCUCUCAAUUCGUACACGAGAGUUUUGGCAAAAAAGUAUCCUAAUAUUGCUAUAAAUGCAAUAAGUCCUGGCUAUGUCAAAACAGACCUCAACUAUCAUAGAGGGAUCUUCACUGUUGAAGAAGGUGCAAGAGGGCCCGUGAUGCUGGCUUUGCUGCCUAACAGCGGGCCUUCUGGCUUGUUCUACGAUCAGAUGGAAGUAUCAUCUUUUUGAAUAAGAGAACGUACAUAGUUAUAUCACCUUCUAUAUAUAUCAAUACAAUGAACAAUAUGGGUGUAUGUAGGACUCAUAGUAGUACAUGUGAAAGGGUUGGAAAAUUUUUGGUAAGCCAUGCUUGAUAUAAUUUAGGAAGUUCAAAAUUAACUGGUAAUGUAUGUAUGCAUGAAAGUGAGAAGAAUCGUAUAGCUUCUCAUCUUCCGUAGUUAUAUACGUUUUGGAUAAUAAAGGUGUGCGAGACUCCAAUAUCAAUUUUGUA